AAACUUGCGUCGGUGUUUCUCCCAUUUCGCCUCUUCCCUCCACCAGCCGCCCUUCUACGAUCGCAAUGUGAACAUAAUGUACAACAAGAUAGUGAACGCGCCUCUCGUCUUCCCCGUUACCGUCACCAAUUUUUAUCUCCGCGAUCUCAUUUCCAAGCUGCUGAUUCGGGAGCCGAGCCAGAGGCUCGGAGCGGGCCCGACUGACGCUGCGGAGAUCAUGAGGCACGAGUUCUUUCGAGGCAUGGACUGGGACAGGCUGUAUGCCAGGGAGGUGCCUCCCCCGUUUGUACCCAGCAGCAAGGGCAUAGAGGACGUGUCAAACUUCGAUAAGAGCUUCACCGGCCUUCACAUCAGCGAUCCCUUGGAGCCACCCUCGUCUGCUGCGCCCGCUGAUAGCCACCAUGCAACAUCUGCCAAUGUGUACGCUUGCAGGUGCAAUGAAGCCCCACCAACGCCUUUUGAGACGUCUCAAAAGUCUUUUCCUCUCCCUGCAUCCGUCUCUCUCCCGUUUGAUUUGCAACAUCUGCCAAUGUGUACGCUUGCAGGUGCAAUGAAGCCCACCAACGCCUUUUUGAGUCGUCUCAAAAGUCUUUUCCUCUCCCUGCAUCCGUCUCUCUCUCGUUUUGAUUUGCAACAUCUGCCAAUGUGUACGCUUGCAGGUGCAAUGAAGUCCACCAACGCCUUUUGA